AUGGAACUCAUUGUGCAGCUGGUCGCUAGCCAGAUCUUCCGCAUCGUCUGCUACGCGGUUUCUAUCACAUUCAUAUCGGUAUUUUUCAACAUAGUUCAUCAGCAGUUUUUUUAUCACCGCACUGAACCCCCAGUUGUAUUCCAUUGGUUUCCCAUCAUUGGAAGUACCGUGAGCUAUGGAAUGGAUCCUUAUCAGUUCUUCUUUGAGUGUCGGGAGCAGUAUGGCGAUAUCUUCACGUUCAUUCUGCUGGGAAAGAAAAUCACCGUCUAUCUAGGGGUAGAAGGAAACGAAUUCAUUCUGAAUGGGAAACUCAAGGACGUUAAUGCAGAAGAAGUAUAUGGCAAGUUGACCACGCCAGUCUUCGGAUCAGAUGUGGUAUAUGACUGUCCAAACUCGAAAUUGAUGGAGCAGAAGAAGUUCAUCAAGUUCGGUCUCAGCCAAGAAGCCCUGGAGGCAUACGUACCCCUAAUCGAGCAAGAAGUCGAACAAUACAUCAAAGUGUCAAAGAGGUUUAAAGGUCCAUCGGGAAUCAUUGAUCUUGGCGCUGCAAUGGCUGAGAUAACCAUCUUCACGGCUGGUCGUACGCUACAAGGCGACGAAGUCCGCGCAAAGCUGACUUCGGAAUUCGCUGACCUCUACCACGAUCUGGAUCUCGGCUUCUCCCCCAUAAAUUUCAUGCUUCCAUGGGCACCACUUCCUCACAACCGCAAACGAGAUGUAGCGCAUGCCCGCAUGCGCGAAAUCUACUUCGAUAUCAUCAACAAACGUCGACAGCAAGCCGCGACCGGGACCGACCAAGGAGCCCAUGCUAAAGAUAUGAUCUGGCACCUCAUGGGCUGUGUUUAUCGAGAUGGAACCCCGGUCCCAGAUAAAGAGAUCGCUCAUAUGAUGAUCACACUGUUGAUGGCGGGUCAACACUCUUCUUCCGCGAUCAGCUGCUGGAUUCUGCUCCGUUUGGCAUCGAAGCCCGAGAUGGCAGAGAAGCUUUACAGUGAGCAGAUGAAUGCGCUGGGUUCUAGCUCUGGUUUGCUGCCCCCGUUGACAUACCGCGAUCUUGAGAAAUUGCCUCUUCUUGCAUACACAAUCAAGGAGACACUUCGUAUCCACUCUUCUAUCCAUACCCUCAUGCGAAAAGUCAAGAACCCUCUCCCUGUGCCGGGUACGAAUUAUGUUGUGCCCACUUCGCACACGCUUCUCUCUUCUCCUGGUGUCACUGCGCGCGACGAACGCUACUUUCCGAAUGCCAUGACCUGGGACCCGCAUCGGUGGGAAUCACGUGUUGAGGACCAGGUUGACGAGAAUGAUACAGUGGACUACGGGUAUGGUGCUGUGUCCAAAGGAACACGGAGCCCGUACUUGCCAUUCGGAGCCGGUAGGCACCGAUGCAUUGGGGAGAAGUUUGCCUACAUGAAUCUGGCUGUUAUUAUUGCGACACUUGUGAGGGAAUUCAGAUUCUACAACCCUGAGGAUCGAGUUGGGGUUCCGGAGACGGAUUAUUCGUCUCUCUUUUCGAGGCCUGUGCAGCCUGCAACUGUGCGCUGGGAACGUCGGCAUGUUUAA